AUGGCGGCAAACGGCACAUCUAAGGCUUUCAAAGUGGGCAUCAUCUCUGGCAGCCAGCGCAAACCCCGGGCCGGCCCUCAGAUCACCGACUUUGUCUUCCAGACGAUCUCGUCACAUCUGGCAGCCAGCAAAACGACGUCGUUCACAUUCGACCACAUCGACGUGGGCGACCUGGAUCUCCCGCUGUUUGAUGAGCCGAUCGUCCCGUCGCGGGUCUUCUCUGCGGAUGGGUACACGAAAGAGCACAGCCGCGCCUGGAGCCGGCGCAUCGCGGCAUUGGACGCCUUCGUGUUCGUCACGCCGCAGUACAACUGGGGAAUCCCGGCGGGGCUGAAGAACGCCAUCGACUAUCUGUUCAACGAGUGGAAGGGCAAGCCGGCCAUGAUUGUCAGCUACGGCGGCCACGGCGGCGAUAAGUGCGCUGCCGCACUCAAGUUGGUGCUGGGCGGCGGUAUUGACAUGCGCGUGGUCGAUAAGCUGGUCACUCUUCAGUUCCCGGACCGCAGCUUCCUCAUCAGCGCGGCGACGGGCAAAGAUCUCGGGCUGAGCGCCGAGGACAAUGCUGUCUGGGUCGAGAAGAAGGCGGACCUCACGGCGGUAUGGGAGGAGAUGGUCGCGUUGCUGGUGACUGCUUGA